AUGAUUCCAACCAAAUGUAAGUCCCAGUUUUUCAAUCAAUAACUUCUUAGGUCUUAUUUUUGUAAUUGUCAUCUACGUAUCCGAAUCAAGCAGAUAUGCUGACCAAUUGUAUGAAGAUCUUCUCUACUUCUACAACAGAAGUGUUCGACCGGUCAGAAAUACCACCGAACCCUUGAGAGUUAAAUUUGGAGCGUCUUUGAUAAGGAUAAUUGAUGUGGUAGGUCUACAGUAAGAGUUAGUUUUGUAGUUUAGGACGAAGUAAACCAGGUCCUAACUACCAGCCUAUGGCUUGAAAUGCAAUGGUAUGAUUACAAAUUGCUGUGGGACCCAGAAAAGUUCGGAGGAAUCAAGAAAGUACACAUUCCGUCGGAUCAGAUUUGGAUUCCAGACAUCUUACUGUAUAAUAAUGCUGAUGGAGAACCCCAUAUUUCUGUAACCAGUGACGCCAUUGUUUAUUACACAGGACUGGUUGUAUGGAAGCCGCCCAGUAUCUACAAAUCCUUUUGUCCCAUUGAUAUUGAAUACUUUCCUUAUGAUCAGCAACAUUGUGAGAUGAAAUUUGGAGGUUGGUCAUACCACGGGUUUUUGAUGGACGUCAUCCAACUGACGGUAAGGGCCAUUUUUCAAUUUGAAUGAUUGUGCUUUAGGAACAUCCGGAGGACAUUCGGAACCAGUUAGACCGAAAAGGAAAACAUUCACAGUUCCUGGAGCAGGGAAUGGACUUAUCAUCGUAUUAUCCGUGAGUCAUCUCAUGUACAUAUAAGUUUGAAAUAAAUUUAUAGGAGUAAUGAAUGGGACCUGCUGGAAGUGUCCAGUGCACGCCAUGAAGAGCUUUAUCCUGGUUGCUGUGGCCCUGACUAUUAUAUCGACAUUACAUUUCAUAUAACCAUCAGACGAAAGACUUUAUUUUAUACAGUGAACCUGGUUUUACCGUGCGCCAUGAUCGGUAAGGGGGUACGGAGACUGAAUCGCAAAAUUACGGGCUUUUUAUUUUCCUGAUUACAUAAUUACAGCGUUCUUGACAAUCUUCGUAUUCUAUAUCCCAGCAAUUGAACACAAAAUUACGCAUUCGAUCUCCGUCCUGGUUACCUUGACUGUCUUUUAUCUUGUUUUAAUCGAGUUAAUCCCACCUACCUCUUUGGUGAUUCCAUUGAUCGGGCAAUAUAUACUGUUCACCAUGUUUCUGGUUUCUUUCUCGAUUAUUUUGUCGGUAGUAACAGUUAACUGGUAUCGUCGAGACGGCACACUACAUACAAUGCCUCCAUGGCUGUACGUCGUCUUCGUCAGAUAUCUCCCAUGGAUGUUGAGAAUGGAAAAACCGGAGGAAGAUGAAGUCCAUAGUGAAGAAGGAAGUUUGAGUGAGGUCUCCAUAUCAGGUAAGUCGAGUCCAGUUAUGUUUACAUAAAUUUUUUAGUACAUUAUUUUUAUACUAAUUUUCAGAUUUGUUUAACGCCGAGAGUCCGGAUAGUCCGUUCUUUGAGAAUGUAACUCAAAUGGCUGAGACUGAGCUACGUCUGUCCCAACUCGCCCAACUAAGAGGAAUGCAUCCAGAUACCAUAAGGCGGAUGAUUGACAAUGUCAAUUUCAUCGCGAAUUAUUACAAAGACAAACAGAAAAGGGAUAAGGUAUGCGAUGACUUUACUGUAAAUUGAUUCUGUGCAAUUUCUUUUACGGAUAAUUGCAGAUCAGCGAUCUCUGGUCAUUUGUGGCCAUGGUAAUGGACAACCUGAUGCUUUACAUAUUCACUUUUGUUUUCGUUUUGGGGACCUUGCUGAUCAUUGCCAGAUCCCCGUAUUUAGCCGAAUCAAUUUCGCCAUUAGGCGUCCAGCUCGCAACCAAACCUCUCAGCGCCGAUACUAUCGAAUUCGCCCUGAAGGACAGCAAUUUCACAUAUUCCAAUUUUAAUUUCCAGUAA